UCACGCCGCAUAGCAGUCGCCAGUCAGUCACCGGUUGAACACCGGAACGGGAACACCGUCGCGCGUCCCCUUCGACUGUGCCCUUUCGACCGGUCUCUAGAUCGUUUAACCCCCAUAUCCUCCCAUCCCGCCGCUGAUUUACAGGGUCUGUCGAUCAUUGGUUCGCUCUCUCUCCGUCAGUCGCUAGCCCGCUUGUACUUUCGCCGAUCUCGUCGCAUUCUCGUACUUAACCGUCAACAGCGAGCGUGCUUGCUCUCGUUCGUACCGUUCGUCACGCUCUCUGCUCGGCCCGGCAACAGUGUACACACGAUUCGACAACGACGUAUUGGCACCGACCGGCGUCCGUACGUUACAGUCCGGGUCUCAGGCGAUUUAUCGAGCUCAAUCAAAUAUCCGACAAGAUAGGUUGGUCAGACUUCCGGCGAGGCAGCAGUCUGCCAUCGGUGCCGUCGACCGCCGGCACAAUGUUCUCCAAACUUAAAUCAGGCACGUCGUCCGCAAGCCAGGGCGCACAGGUGUUGUCCACCAACAACAUCCUCAACCUGUUCGAGGUCGGUAAAUUUGUGUGCUCAGCUGGCCCAGAGCUCAUAUGGAAGGUAUACGAGGGGUUCCGAAAACCAGAUGGAAAGGAGGUAUCGAUUUUCGUUUUUGAAAAAAAACUGGCGGACAAGCUGCACAAGCCCAGGCGGAAGGAGACGGUGACGGAGAUACUGAAGAAGAGCGUGCACUACUUGGAGAUGCUCAGGCAGCCAAAGCUCAUACUCAAGGUGGUGCACUCCGUGGAGGACUGCAACGACACGCUCGCGUUCGCCGCCGAGCCCGUGAUCGCCAGUCUGGCCAACAUACUCGCGUACCAGGCGUCCGUUGGCGGUCGGGCGGUCAACGGGCCACCGUCCACCGGCGCGUCAAUCAUCACUACCACGGCCAUGCCGCGGCCUGCGCACGCGAGGGAGUACAACUUUUUGGACUUCGAAAUCAAGUACGGCAUCAGACAGAUUGCUGAAGCCCUUGAUUUUUUAUCACCUCAAGUCCACCACCACAAUGUUUGCCCGAGCAGUAUACUGGUAACAAAAACAGGAACCUGGAAACUUAGUGGUCUGGAAUUCAUUGUUCAGACCGAAGCUAGAGAGCGGAUUACUUGUACUCCAUGGACGUCUAGACUGCCAAAAAUGGCACAACCCGAUUUGGAUUAUAUAGCUCCAGAAGUCCAGUUGUCUUCAUAUUGUAGUUCUCACAGUGAUAUGUACUCAUUGGGAAUGGUUAUAUUCGCGAUAUUUAAUAACGGUCGACCACUGAUACAAGCGAACCAUAGCAGCUCGACAUACAUGAAACAAUUGGAUGUGUUAGAAAAUCAAAUUCACAAUGUGUUGCCUAAACUUCCGGCACAAUUACAAGAAAUGGCAACCAAAAUGCUGAGCAAAGACGUGGAUGCGAGACCAUUUGUCAAAAAUUUAUUACACACUCCUUAUUUCUGCGACCGUUUUGUGGAAACUAUUCAAACACUGGAUAUUAUAAAUAUGAAAGAUCUAGUACAGAAGUGUCAGUUCUAUAAGAUAACAUUGAAAGAAUCAUUACCAUUCAUUCCAAAGAAAAUUUGGUAUCAAAGAGUUUGGCCAUUUUUGCAACACGAAAUGUUAAAACCAGAUGUAUCAGCUGCAGUCCUACAUCCAGUAAUAUUCUUGAUUCAGGAGUCUAGUCUAGAGGACUACGAAACACUCAUGUUGCCUGCAAUGAGUAAAAUAUUCAAUGGUCCAAAACAUGUUCCUGUGCAAGUGAUAUUAUUGGAAAACUUACACGUGAUAUUAGAAAAAACACCAAGGGAUGACAUCAGAAAAGAAGUACUUCCCUUACUGUACACAGCAUUUGACUUUUCCGACAUAGAAGUUCAGAGUGCUGCUGUAUUGGCUGUAACCAACGUUUCUCAAUACAUGGAUGAUACGGCAAUAAGAAGAAUGGUACUUCCCAAACUCAAAAUGGUGUACGAAACCAAUCCCAACGAUUUGAAAAUUGUUUUAAACAUAUUGGCUUGUCUGGAAAUAAUAUUGCAUAGACUUGAAAAACAACAAAUCAUCGAGGAUGUUUUGCCGCUGAUUUGGAUAGUAAACCAGACAGAUCCUGAAGUGAUAGCAAGAAUAGCAGUUAUAUACAGUAUGAUUUUGCGUGACAAGAAAUAUGGUUUAUCUGUAAAUAUGAUAGCCACGAAAAUAAUGCCAACGUUAAUUCCACACACAAUGAAUCCGGGUUUGAAUUUAGAACAAUUUCAAACCCUUAUUGAAGUUUUACAAGACAUGCUGGAACAAAUUGACAGAAACCAAAGGAAUAAACUGAAAUUGGAUACAAUAUCCAUGCAGAGUCCAGACAGACACAGGCCAUUAAGACAUUUAUACAGUUCUGACAAUAUGCAUGCGCAAAACUUCAACAUACCAAAUUUAAAAAUUGAAACGCGCAAAACGUCAAGUGCUGAAGAUAUGGUUAGAAAAAAUUCAGCGGGUAGCUGGUGGUUUGGCGGUUCACCUUCCGGUUCCGAUAGCAACUUCUUGCGCGUAGUCAGUUCGUUUCCGAAUCGCCGACUGUCUGACAACAUGUUGAACACGCCGAAAAUUCGUGUGGCACCGUCGUGUGCCUCUUCGCCAGGAAGCACGCCCGUUGGCACCGGACUGCCAAUCCGGAGACACUCGAACGUUGAGCGCCGUGGGUCCACCAUCAACCUGUCACCACCAUCGGGCUAUCAGUACUUCAGACCGAUUAACGGACACGAUGGGUCCACAUUGUCGGUGCCAUCAUCGACGUAUCUUGCACGGAGCAUGAUUGGUGGUAGCAUGCCGAACACGAGCAGCAGCGUACCAUACUUGCUUAGCUCCAGUAUGAACAGCAUCCGGUCCAGGAGGCAAAGUACGUGUUCACAAAAUUCUAGUACUGGCAUUCUGCAGCAACUUGGUUCCGGUGUAGUGAAACAGUUAUCAACUUUGCAAAAUCCGUAUCAACUAUUUAGUGGCAACAAGUGAACAGUCGUACUCUGCUGACAAAUACCACUGUUAUUACUACACAAUAAUAUUACCUAUUGCUUAAAUUUUACUGAACGGUCCGACGUCCCGUUAAAGUCUAUAUUUUAUGUACAUCUAUUUUGUCAAAUACGAAACUAUAUGAGCAAAUAUUUUACAUCUACCAACAACAUAAUAUUAUGAGCAAUACGGCCAGAAAUCGUCAACAAUUAUUAUAACUACUUUAUCAAUGUCGUAAUUUUUAAGUUUCAUUAUUAUAUACAUAAUUUAUUCUUGUUCAUUAAGUGUGAUUUGUUUGUUGUUAUUUUUUUCGGUUUCUUCGACGAACCGUAUAAAGGUUUGUUAUAUUAUAUUGUAUAUAUUAUACAGUGUGUUCAAGCUAAGGGUUACUUCCCUAGAUAUUUUAGCUGGAUGGUCAUGAUACACAUUUAGAUAAAGACAAUUUCAAAUUUUUAAACAUUUUGGUACACGCAUGCGCAAUACAUUUUACCUAUUUAUUUAACUUUACCUAUUUAUUUUUAAUUAUAUCUAAUAUAACCUUCAGUCAAUUUUUAAUGUAAAGCAAUGCCUAGUUGUUAUAAAAAAAAACAAGACUGCCUAAAUAUGGUUUCAAAAAUAGAAGGUUUUACUUAUAAAAAUAAAUGUUAUUGCGCAUGUGCGUUUUAGGAGAGUUGAAAAUUUGAAAUAUUUCUAUAAAAGUAUCUAUUAGUUUUUUUACUUUUUAGCAAAGUACCGAUUAAAUUCAACGUUAUCAUAGAAAUAUCCCAUUUAUAUCUGAAAAAGGUAUUACGCUAGUUACCGUUUUGACAAAACUACAAUAGAAAAAUAUUGUUUUCAUCCUCGUAUUAAAUACUGUCCAUAGUUUACUUUAGUUUCUUGUUAUAUUUUUAAAUAUUUAUCAUAUUUAUUGUUAAUAAUUACUAUAAAUUAUUAGCAUUUAAUAUUUACAUACUUCAGGAAUACACAAAUUCCUAAUGGGUCACCCUUUCCAUCAAAUGACUUGGAUCACACUGUAUAGUAAGUACAAAUAGUACGAUUAUGUGUAAAGAUUUAUGCUAAUUUGAAUAAUUCUUAUGUCAAGUACCUAUAAUAAUAUAACCAAUACACAAUUACAAUAUUUAAAUAUUUGAUAUUAUAUAAUUGUGAAUAUUAUAUUUUAAGAAAGAUAAAAAUACGUUUGCAUAUCCCAUAUAAAAUAACUUUCACGACUUAUUAAAUACUUUUCUUUCGUUUAGUUUUAUUGUCUUGUUGUCAUUAUUAUGUAUAACGGUAUAAUAACUUGCAGACUAUCACUUAGUUUUUACACAUAUCUUCAUUUAAUAAUUUAAUACUUUUUGCUCAAUGCAUUUUUCUAUCAUAAUUAUUUAAUAUAGAUAUCAAUUAAAAUAUAUUUAUAUAUUCAGAUUUCAGGUACAUGCACAUAUUAAGUAUCUAUAUGUAUUUAUUCAUUUUUAGUCUACUUAAAAGUAGGUACUAUUGAACAUAAAAAUGACAAUCAGUAGCUUACUAGCUUCUUUUAAAAAUCUGCAUCUUAUCUUGUCAUGUAUAGACAAUCUAAAUUUUAUAAAUGUGUUAAUGUGAUAUAACUUAGAAAUCAUGAUAAAAAUCAUAUAUAAUAUUAUUAUAGUAUCAAAUAUAAAAUUAUUUGUUUAAGUAUUUAUUUGUGGAUUGUUUGAAUUAUAUUUUUGUUUAAAAUCAUAAUACUAUUAUUGUAAUAAUGACCAUUGUUAGUAUAUUAUGUAGGUACAUAGAACUGAUACAAAAUUAUAAUAAUAAAGCUAAUGAUAAAUCAACUACAUUAUACGUAAAUAUUUAUUUUUGGGCUGAAUAAAUUACUGGAUGUGUUCAUUUUUUUCUAUUUAGAGUUUAGAUUCUAACUGUAUAUUUAUAUAUAAUAUAUGUAGGUAUAUACUAUUCUCAGUUAAUAUUUGAAAUUUGAAUUAAAUUUGAUGUAACAUAAAAUCAAGGGAGAAAUAUUAAUUAUUCCUACGUAGAACAAUAAUUUGUUACUUUUACAACACAGUUAGAUAGAUACUUAUUGGUGGAGGAAUAAAAGUUCUUACAUCUAAAAAAAGUGGAAAUUAUUGCACUUUUAUUUUUAAGUUAUUACAAUAUUUUUAUUUCUCUUAAUGCAAAACGCAAUAAUAUUACAAAUGUAGAUACCUAUCUAAUAUUAUUACCUAUGUAAGUAAAUAAUAUUAUUAUUUUAAAUUAUUAAAUAUAAAUAUCUUUAUCAUAUUACAUAUUAUAAUAUACCUACCUAUAUUAUGGGUUUUACAUGUACCUAUAAAUAUAUAAUUACCUAAUAAGUAAAAAUUCAACGAUAAAGGCUGGUACCGAAUUGGUUCCCGAGCUCCAACCCCACAUCCCGAAUUGGUUCCUGUUUGAAAAAGGUAUUUUAUUAAGUUAAGCCGAAUUGGUUCCCGUUUAAUUACGCACAUUUUCCUUCUCAAUUUUACAAGCUUAGGACUGUCAACUUAAAAGUAGGCUUGGUUAAAAAUGUGCGUUAAUGUGUGUUAUAAAAAAAAAGAUAGAAUAUAUACAAUUUUAAAUCGUUGAUUUGGAAGUCAACUAUAGUCUUAUUAAUAUAAUCAGUCAUACAAUUUUCCAAGUACUUGUUGUUUUUUUGUUGUUUGCUAGUUAGUUUUCUAGUAUUAUUACUUCGAAAUUUUAUGUAAUUUAAUGUUUGAAUGCUAUUUAAAGUUUCCAUAAAAUAAAAUAUAUUAGGAUGGGCACUUGUAAAUUCUUUAUUCAGCUUUGAAUGGAACGAUUCGCAACAAUUUGUAGUAAAUUAAAAAUUACCUGUACGCAAACGGGAACCAAUUCGGCUCAACUUAAUAAAAUACCUUUUUCAAACGGGAACCAAUUCGGCCAAACGGGAACCAAUUUGGUUACUCCCACGAUAAAAACAGAAACCAUUUUUUUUUAACUACCUACCUAAUUGUAUGUUUAAAUUGCUAAGUUGCUAAUAAAAAAUUCUUUGAUUAAAAUAAGGAAAGAAUAAACGCCAACAUUUAUGUUUUUUAGAGGUUAAAAAAUAGAAUGUUUAUUCUUAGAUUUGUAUUUUACUUUAUCCAAAAAUACUUCAGGAGUAAAGACAUAACAUAUCUAACACAUAUAACAUAUUGGGCAUAAAUAUAAUUAUUUGUACAAUACAUUGCUACAUGCAUUGUUUAUUAUCAUUUUGAACAGUACAUUAUUCAACAAUGCAUCGUUCUAUGUACCUGUAGGAUAUAUAGCUAUUAUUUUAUGUACCUACCUACCUACCUACCUAUUAUUGAUUUUCUAAUAUUAUAUUAAAGUUUAUUAUCGCUGUCUAAUAUGGAUGCAUGAUA